AUGACACUACGUGAGAACACUUUCGCUGUACUGGACGGUGGACCUCCUGGUGUGGACCUGAAGCUGCAUAAUUCAGAUGAGCUUCACCAAUUACCAAUUGCACAAAUGGGCAAUUACGAGGAAUAUAUCAAAGGACUGGCUGCCGUUGGACGUGGUCCUCUGCGGCCAGUAGAGCCUACACCUGUUCGUACACACGCCUUCGGAAAUCCAUUCAAGACGGAUAAGAAGAGUCUUGCUAUAGACGAGGUUGGUGAAGGACCAGUUGGUGCUAACGCAGCUGUGCCGACAACAAAGGAAUCAAGAAGGGAGCGUGUAAAGGGAGAUGGAGUAGGGCGACCACCAAAAAGGAAGCCAGGUCCAGUGUCACCAAACUGUUUGCAACAGUGGAGGGAACGACGGCAAACGCUUAGUGAAAGAUCUUCGGUGGUGUCCGAUUUGUCGUACACGUCAGAUCUGGACUUGGAAGUGCCGAGCACAAGUAGCGAUACACUCGAUGACAUGGAAGUGAGCGAGGUCACCAACGGAAUAGACAACACAACGCUGAUAGAGCUAGCAGGAUUGGAGCCGGAAGCUGAAAGUGCGGAUGAAGAAGAGGAAGAAGAAGCGGUUGCGUCUCCACCAAAACGGAGGAAAACCGAGCGAUUAUCGGAGGAACAAAUGUUUGAGCGAAAGCUUCGGAUAGCACAAAUCGUUCGGCGGCACGCGAACAAUGGGACUGUCUGGACAGAUUUGUGUCGCGAGACAUCUGCAAACGGUUCUCUCCUGGAUCAGUUGGAUUUGGCUGAUUUCGCCUUGCGCGAUUCGCGUCGCUUUAAGCGCCGUGCACUAGCCGAUCAGCUGACCGCGGAGAUGCAGCGGUUACGUAAGCUGCUCGCCAUGCUUCUACUCUCAACGUUCUACGGAUCUCCAUCGACGGUGUUUCUUCCAUGGUGCGCUGAUAAUUUAGCGAAGCUAGACCUUAAUGGCAAAGAAUAUGACGUGUAUUUCGUUUCAAAGCUUGUGAUAGUUCGAGUACUUCAACAACUUUCGGCUUUGAAAUGA